UAGAAGUGAGGGCAGAGAGAGGGCAGCGGCGACAGCGAAGAUUACUGGGCAUGCUCAGUUCGGGUGCCCAUGCUCAGUGCAGCGGCGACAGCGAAGGUUACUGGGCAUGCUCAGUUCGGGUGCCCAUGCUCAGUGCAGCCAAAGUAGCGAAUCUGGAGCGGUUCAUGUUUCUGUCGUUACACCGGCCCUGGGGGCAGCUGCACGAGGACAGUCCUGCCUGACCCCCGCCUGGACACGUGCUGUGUAGAAAGACCCUGAGUUUGAGUUUUUGUGAUCUUGUUUGUAUCCGUCCCACCUUUUCCUUCCCUUCCCUUUCUGCUCCUUUACACCCCCCUCCUGGCCUGUGUAGUUCCUGCUUCCUUCUUUCCUUAUCUUUCUCCUGCUCCACCUCCCGGCCUCUCCUUUCUCUUCACCUCAUUCUGCACCGGUGCAGCUGAUAGGAGGUGGGACAGGGUCUGCCCAUGAUCAGCAAAACCAUUUCUGCUGCAGAGAGAACAGAAGCCCAGAGAUCCCAGCAGCCAUGGCCUCAGCGACUCCUGUACGGGAAAUCCAAGAGGAAACCUACUGUCCCAUCUGCCUGGACUAUCUGACGGACCCAGUGAUCACAGAGUGCGGGCACAACUUCUGCCGAGGCUGCAUCACUCAGCGCUGUGAGACAUGGACAGAGCUGGGCUCUGACCCUUUGUGCUGCCCCAGCUGCAGAGUCCAAAUCCGGAAAGGGUCUCUCCGGAAUAACUAUGAGCUAGGAAAUAGAGUGGAAAAAAUCAAACAACUGGAUUUCAAACCAGGAAAAGAGACUCUGUGUGAGAGACACGGCAAAGCCCUGGAUCUGUUCUGUGAAGAGGACGGGGAAGCCGUGUGUGUGGUUUGUGAGAGAUCCCCCCAGCACAGAUCUCACACGGUGCUGCUCAUGGAUGAUGAUGCCGAGAAAUACAAGGAAAAAAUCCAGGCUCAUUUGAAGACUCUGAGGGAGGAGAGAGAAAAGCUGCUGGGAUCUAAAGUGACUAGAGAGGAGAAAAGCCCGAAGUAUCUGAAACAGAUAGAAAAGAAGAGGCAGCAAAUUGUAGCUGAUUUUCAGCAACUGCACCAAUUCCUGGAGGAACAAGAGGAGCUCCUGCUGGCCCAACUGGAAAAGCUGGAGGAGGAGAUAACGAAGAUACAGAAUGAAAAUAUCACCAAAGUCUCUGAGGAAAUUUCCCGUCUCAGUGAGCUGAUCAGUGAGCUGGAGGGGAAGUGUCAGAAGCCAGCAAGUGAAUUCCUGCAGGACAUCAGAAGCACCUUGUCCAGGUGUGAGAAGGGGAAGUUCCAGCAGCCAGAGGAGAUUUCUCCUGAACUGGAAAAGAGACUCAGCGAUUUGUCCCAGAAAACACUUGCUCUCAUGGAGCCUCUGAGGAAGUUCAAAGACACUCUGCCGUCUGCACUGGAGAGAAAAAGCGGGGAACCCCUAGGAGCCCCCAGACUGGGUGAGUUUGCAGUGAAUGUGACUCUGGAUCCAGACACGGCUCAUCCCAUCCUCGUCCUGUCUGAGGAUGGGAAAUGUGUGAGACGGAGAGACAAACGGCAGCGACUGCCCGACAACCCUGAGAGAUUUGACACUGUGUUCUGUGUGCUGGGCUGUGAGGGAUUCACCUCGGGGAGACAUUGCUGGGAGGUGGAGGUGGGGGAUGAGGAGUUCUGGGCUGUGGGGGUGGCUAGAGAGUCUGUGGGGAGGAAGGGAUGGAUCAGCCCUAGCCCUAAGGGGGGGAUCUGGGCUGUGGAGCAGUGCUGGGGUCGGUUGCAGGCUUUCACCUCCCCUCGCACCCGCCUGCCCCUGAGCCGGGCCUCCAGCAGAAUCCGGGUUUGUCUGGACUGUGACCGGGGGCAGGUGACAUUUAUCGAUGCUGGUGACGAGGCCCCGAUCUUCACUUUCCCGCCGGGCUCCGUCCCUGGGGAGAGAAUCCGACCCUGGUUCUGGGUGGGGCGGGGAUCCCGGCUCAGCCUGUGUCCCUGAGACACGCAGCAGAGGCAGGAACUGGAAAUCAGCCUCUCUAGCCACACACACCCCAGUCUCUGUGACCUUGGAGGACUCCCAUCUACCCAGCCCUCAGCACCUCAUCUAUGUCCCCUGCAAGAUCCUCCCCCUCUGGGGCUGCAGGUUGGGCAGAGAUGGGGGGCUGGGUAGAGGGCAAAACUAACAGCUGGGAUGGGGGUGGGAGGGACAGAGCAUGAAUCAAUCAGGGUUCGGGGGGUUGGGGAGAAGCAGCAGCAGGGGGGAGCGUUUUGUACAGAUCUGUGGGAUUAGAUCUCACCAGGAUCAGGGCCGGCUCUAACAUUUUUGCCGCCCCAAGCAAAAAAAAAAAUAGCACCGCCCGACCUCUCCCUGAGCGUCAUACUGGCCGAGUCCCCGCAGCCCCCAGCGCCACGUCGGGCCACCCAAAUCCCCACACACCCCCCGAGCAUCGCGUCGGGCCGCCCAAGUCGUCCCCCCCCCACAUCGUCGCAUCGGGCCGCCCAAGUCCCCGCCCCCCCCUCCCCAGCGCCGCCUGGCCAAACCACAAACAACAAAAACAAACCCUGAUUGCCACCCCCUCCGAGGUGCCACCCCAGGCACGUGCUUGGUAGGCUGGUGCCUGGAGCCGGCCCUGCCCAGGAUCAGCACGAGGGGAAAGGAUAAGAUCAGGGAAAGAAGAGAGGAGCCGAGGGGGAUGAUCUGUGACAGGGGGGAGAGACACAGGGAAAUAAAGAGGGAUGGAAAGUGAGGCUAGAACAAUGAUGACUAGAAAAGGACAGUACGAAAGGAAAGGGAAUGUGAGCGGGACGGGGAGAUUUAUUACAUGUUACUGAAAGUGAGACUGUAACUCAUUAAUUCCCUAUAUUAAUUCCUGGCCAUUGGUGCAAUUUUAGUGCCAUAAAGAAAACUGUUCUCAGUAGCUGGGGAUCUCCUGGCCAUGCUGCGGUUAUUAAGGCUCCUUCUCAGCUCCUUUUACUUUGCUACUUUCCAGCUACUUACUGUAAAUAAAACAUUACAAACAAUU